AUGUUUCAAAUCCCUGUUCAAAAUCUUGAUAAUAUCAGGAAGGCUCGAAAAAAGGUGAAGGGCAUUCUUGUGGAUCUUGGGCUUGACAGCUGCAGGGAAUUGUUGAAGAAUCUUAAAAGUUUUGACCCAGGUGAAAAACACUUUUGUAACACUUCAUGGAGUGAUGUCUCUCCUUGGGAGUCUGUGGGCAAAAGGAAGAGAUACAGAACAAAGCCGUACUGCUGUAGCUUAUGCAAGUUCUCGUCAAAAUUGCUUACUUCAUUCAAGAAUCACUUGCACCGUUACCAUGAGGAUGAAAUGGACCAAGAGCUGGUGGUUCCUUGCCCAAAAUGUGCAUUUGCUUCUGAUCCCAAAAUAGUGGGAAAACAUAUCCGGAUGUUUCAUUCAUCUAAUAAAAGAAUACAGAACUAUACAGUCAGCAUUUUGGAUGGCAUGAAACAAUUCAGGAGUGACAUCAUAAACUUUACAUGUCUAAAAUGUCACUUUACAGACACGUUGUAUUACAAUAUGAAGAAACAUGUGCUGAUGAACCAUUUUCAAAACUUAAUAAGUACAUAUUUUGGCCAGAAACCUGAUGAAAGUAAAGAGAAUUCUAUUGAGCACUACUGUAAAAAAUGUAAUGCUUCUGCAAACAGCCAAGAUUCUUUAAUGUAUCAUGUUUUGACAGCUGAAACACACCGAGACCUGGAGAACAAACUUCGGUCUGUGAUUUCAGAACAUAUUAAGAAACCAGGACUGGUGAAACAAAUGUAUAUUGCUCCAAAGCCUCCCCAAGGUGUGGCAGUGCCUGCUCCAUCUGCAGGGCCUGCCACUGCCCCCGCAGGUUCUGUCACAGCUCCGGCCUGCAUCCAGCUUGCGUUUCCACAGAAUAAUCAAAACCAGAGUGUGGUGCAGCCAAAAGCAGUUCAAAACACAGUCAGACCACUGCCUGUUCCAAGUGCCUCUGGUAGCCUUCCACAUACAACUUCUGCUCCAGUUGUUACCCCGUCGCACGUUACUCUUGUAUCUAGUAAUCUUCCUGUAGGUCAGAAUAACGUCAAUAUUCAGCCAUCACCUUCACAGCCUAUCAUUGUUUCCCAUAGGCUCCCCCUUAAUCAGCCUGUGAGGGCCGGAGCUAUUCCUCUUAAUCAUUCUGUUGGGACCGUAAAUAGAACUGUGGCCCCCGCAGUCAGGCCUGGGCUCUUUCCUAUUAAUCAACCCAUUGGUACUAUAAAUGGUCCGGUUGCAGCUGGAACGCUACCUGUUACUCAACCCGUCAGCCCUGUAAAUGGACCGGUUGCACCAGGAGUCCUCCCUGUGAAUCAACCGGUUGCACCAGGAGUUCUCUCCAUCAACCAGUCGCUUGGGAAUGUGAAUAGACCCAUUGGUCCCAGGGUCCUUCCUGUGGCACAGACGGUUGCAUCGGGGGUUCUGCAGCCUGUUGCCUCUGGGGUCGUUCCUGUCAGACAGCCUGUCAGACCUGGGUUUCUUCAGCUUAAUCAACCUGUUGCCCCAGCGGUUAUCCUACUAAAUCAGCCAGUUCAACCUGCAGUUUCUCAAAACACAACUUUUUUGACUGCAGGUUCUAUACUUAGGCAGUUGAUUCCAACUGGUAAGCAGGUUAAUGGGAUACCUACGUACACGCUUGCCCCAGUUUCAGUUACUUUGCCUGUACCUCCUGGUGGUGGAGUAGCAACUGUUACACCACCACAAGUGCCCAACCAACUAAUGCAGUCUGGGACAGUAACUCAGUUGUCCCAGUCUCCGGCUGGUGCGCCCUCUCCUCCAGUAGUUUUAAUGUCUCAGAAUCUAUCGUUGCAAGCCUCCCCGCCUGGCCCUGAAACAAGUCACGCUAUCAGACAGGCUAAGCAGUGGAAGACUUGCCCUGUUUGCAAUGAGCUUUUCCCAUCAAAUGUCUACCAGGUGCACAUGGAGGUGGCCCACAAACACGGUGAAGUAAAAAUGGAGGAAACCCCACAACCUGACAAACUUGCAGCUUGCGCACCCUUUCUAAGGUGGAUGACAGAAAAGACAGUCCGAUGUUUCUCUUGUAAAUGUUUUCUCUGUGAAGAAGAGCUCAUGAAACAUCUCUUGAUGCAUGGCUUAGCUUGCUUGUUUUGCACAGUUACUUUCCAUGACUUAAAAAGCCUCGUGGAACACAAUAAAGCUACACACAAUGGGAAAAAGCAGUUACAUGCAGAUUAUAGCAACAGAGGAUUUCAGCUAGGUAAUGAUGCUCAGGGUGACCUUGUAUUUCCACACUUUGAUUUCAGUACAGUGUUACCAAAAGAAGACAUUGGAGAAAGAGAAGUACAUUUGGCAGUGCUUGCUGGACUAAAUUCAAGGACACUUGUCCCUGUUUACAUCAAAGUGAAACCUCAGACAGCAGAAGUGAACAGUAGAUGCAACAAAAAAGUGUUAACCUGUCCCUUUUGCUUUGGUACGUUUGUUAGUAAAGAAACCUAUGAAAUGCAUUUGAAAGAGCGGCAUCAUAUAAUGCCAACUGUACAUACAAUUUUGAAGUCUCCUGCUUUCAAGUGCAUCCACUGUUGCGGUGUGUACACUGGAAAUAUGACUCUAACAGCUAUCGCUGUACAUUUGCUCCGUUGUAGAAGUGCUCCCAAAGACAGCAACUCAAGUGUGAAGAUGCAGCUUGAGCGUUCUGAGAAGAAAGAGCUGCUGUUUAUGAAUGGUGAAAAGCAUGAUUCUGCGCUACUGAAAAGAAAGCAAUCGGAUUCCUGCUUUGUUGCAGAAGACCAAAGGAAUAAGGAACAGCAGCCUCUGAGCUUAAGUACUGGCAUCGCUCUAUCUCCAGAAAAAGAAGUGAAGUCAGGGGUAGUGCCUUUCAAGCGACAAAAGAUUAAUACUAGGACUGAGAUGAAGAAGCUUCCUUCUAGUGAGGAUCUUCGCAUUCUGGCAGUAGAUCCUAGACAGUAUGAUCACAAUUCGUAUGAGGCUCAAAAACAGUUUUUGACAGACUACUUUCAUGAGAGGCCAUAUCCUUCUAAAAAAGAGAUGGAAUUACUUUCCUCGCUGCUAUAUGCGUGGAAAAUUGAUGUUGCAUCAUUCUUUGGAAAAAGGAGGAAUAUAUGCUUAAAGGCGAUAAAUAAUCACAAACCAUCUGUGCUGCUGGGCUUCAGUAUGUCUGAACUAAAAAAUAUUAAGCACAGUUUGAAUAUAAAAGAUGAACCAUUAGAUAUGUAA